GAUAUCACACAAAAAGUCCUCCAAACCCCAACAUAUUUUGUGAUGCAAAAAAUUGUGAUAUUAAUAUAGAAAUUGAUCAAUUACAGCUUUAUGGAAAAGUUCUAAUAUGUGGUCAUGGAUAUCAUAAUGAGUGUUUUCAAAAGAUGG